CACCUCCAGCAGCAUCAGCAUCAAUAAAGCGGCGCGGGGCAUUUCGGGAAAAUCCUUGCACGGCCGGAGCCGGCAUGGCCAGCUGGGCGGCGACGAGGAGGGGAGAUGCUGGAGGCUGGCGGGCAGGCGGGAGAGGACAGGCGGACUAGUGGGUAGAGGAGCAGGGGGCCGCCAGGGGCAAGGACCCGGAGGAGCGAGAAAGGAACGGCUGGGGAAGGAGGAGAGAACGGAGAGGAUGGAGAGGAAGAGGAGGAGCUGGGGGGCCGCUGGGGACCCCCGAAAGGCUGGCCGUCGCCAGGGGGGUCCUGCUCCCCAGCCCUGAGCUUCGGCGCAUGGCUCAGCCCCGGAAUUGGGCCGGGUUACUCUUGGCCGGGGGGUCACCCCAGAGAGGCAGCAAGAGUUGGCAGCCUGACCCCUCCGGAGGAGCCCAAUGAGACUUGCUGGUGGAACAGCCAACAAGCUAGCAUCCUCCCAAGAUGGCGGAGGCUCACCAGGCUGUGGCAUUCCAAUUCACGGUCUCUCCAGAGGGUAUCGACCUCCAGCUGAGCCAUGCAGCCCUCAAGGAGGUUUACCUCUCAGGCCUGCGGUCCUGGAAGAAGAAAUUCAACCAGUUGCGGAACAGUUUUGUGACAGGCGUGUAUCCUGCCAGCCCAUCCAGUUGGCUGUUCAUGGUUACUGCCAUCUUGGUAACCCAGUACUCUCGACUUGACCCCUCCAUGGGCAUGAUUGGAAAGAUCAAGGAACACCUGCCAGUCAGUGACUACCUGUCAGAUCAAGGCCUGACAGUCCUCAGUGCCCUGGCUUUUUCCACAGGGCUGUGGCUGGCCCUCAUCGUGACCAUGCGCAGCAUUCUCAAGAUGCUGCUGUGCUACCAUGGCUGGAUCUUUGAGGAGCACGGCAAGAUAUCCAACACCACCAAAAUCUGGCUGGCUUUGGUGAAAAUCUUUGCUGGGCGGAAACCCAUGCUAUACAGCUACCAAGCCUCGCUGCCUCGCUUGCCUGUUCCAGCCCUCAAGGACACCAUGCAGAGGUUUCUCGAGUCCGUACGACCCCUGAAAACAGAUGCAGAGUUCCAGCGGAUGGCGGGUCUCGCCCGUGACUUUGAACGGACCCUCGGGCCGCGCUUGCAGUGGUACCUGAAACUUAAGUCUUGGUGGGCAUCUAACUAUGUGAGUGACUGGUGGGAAGAGUACGUCUAUCUCCGUAGCCGAGGCCCCCUGAUGGUAAAUAGCAACUAUUAUGGCAUGGAUUUCAUUUAUGUAACCCCAACCCCGAUCCAGGCAGCUCGUGCUGGGAAUCUCGUCUACGCCAUGUUGCUGUACCGACGGAAACUCACUCGGGAAGAGAUCAAACCGCUGAUGAUUCAAGGUGGCCUUCCCAUGUGCUCAGCUCAGUACGAACGCAUGUUUAAUACAACCCGUGUCCCAGGCAUGGAGGGAGACACCAUCCAGCACCUGAGGGAUAGCAAGCACAUUGCGGUGUACCAUGCUGGCCGCUUCUUCCGGGUCUGGCUGUACCACAACGGGAGGCUGAUGCGCCCACGCGAGCUUCAGGCACAGUUCCAGAUGAUCCUAGAUGACCCCACACCUCCUCUGCCUGGCGAGGAAAAACUGGGUGCCCUGACUGCGGCUGACAGAGACCCCUGGGCCCGGGCCCGCCAAACCUACUUCCGGUCUGGGGUGAAUGAGCAAUCGCUGAGCAUAGUGGAGAAAGCUGCCUUCUUCGUCACCCUGGACACCAGCGAGCAGGGGCUGCAGGGACCCAAUCCAAGUCAGGCGCUGGAUGCCUACUCAAAGUCCCUUUUGCACGGGCGCUGCUGCGACAGGUGGUUUGACAAAUCCUUCACGCUGAUUGUUUACCGCAAUGGGAAGUCCGGCAUCAAUGCAGAGCAUUCGUGGGCUGACGCCCCCAUUGUGGCACAUCUCUGGGAGUACACCAUUGCCACAGAUGCAUUUAUGCUGGGGUACGAUGCUAACGGGAACUGCAAAGGGGACAUGGAUUCCAGCAUCCCCCCGCCCCAGAAAUUACAAUGGGAUAUCCCACCAGAGUGCCAACAGGUAAUCCUGCAGUCCUUGUCCGUGGCCUUGGCCCUGGCUAAUGACAUAGACUUCAACGCCUUCCCCUUCAAGGAAUUUGGAAAAGGCCUCAUCAAGAAGUGCCGCACCAGCCCAGACAGCUUCAUCCAGCUCUGCCUUCAGCUCGCACAUUUUCGGGACAAGCAAAAGUUCUGCCUCACCUACGAGGCAUCCAUGACCCGUCUCUUCCGGGAGGGCCGCACAGAAACAGUCCGUUCCUGCACCAUUGAGUCCUGCAACUUUGUCAAGGCCAUGAUGGAUCCUACCCAGAACGAUGGCACAAGGUUACGUCUGUUGCGUGUGGCAGCUGAGAAGCACCAGAACCUUUACCGGCACGCCAUGACAGGUGCUGGUAUUGACAGGCAUCUCUUCUGUCUGUAUGUCGUCUCCAAAUAUCUCGGCCUAGACUCACCCUUUCUGCGCGAGGUGCUGUCCGAGCCGUGGCGACUCUCCACCAGCCAGACUCCCAUUCAGCAGAUGGAGCUCUUUGACCUCCAGAACCACCCAGACUAUGUUUCUUUUGGGGGUGGAUUUGGACCGGUCGACGAUGACGGUUAUGGCGUGUCGUACGUCAUCGUGGGCGAAGAUCUCAUAAACUUCCACGUGUCGUGCAAAUUCUCCAGCAAGGAGACGGACGCACACCGGUUUGGACUUAACAUCCGGAAGGCCAUGGUGGAUGUCUUGGCCCUUUUCCAACUGGACAAAAACUCCCCCGCCGGUCGUGGCCAGUGACUGAAUAAACGCCCGCGGGAUUUACACAGCCAGCUCCCCAGACACAUUUUGGAGUGUGUGUGUGUGUUUUCUGUCCUCUGAUCUGCAGGAACAUUUUGAAGCGGGGGAUGAAGAGGGGCCAGGCCUGCCUGAGGAUUCCCACAAGCACAAUGGACGGGCACGCCCUUCUUCCGUUCUCGGAUUUGGGAGAUUUGGACCCUGUGCCGGAUGCCACAUGGGCAAACGACCCUCUCCCACUGCUCAGCAUCUCCCUGCUUUUGGGUUGGUAGAGGUCUAAAACGGGUUGCGGCUGGUAGCAAAAUCUUGCUUCUUCUAGGGCACAUGUGUGGAUGGAGGACUGUGGUUCGCUUAGAACAGAAGAGUGGCUCUUGGGAAAUCUUAAGUGCUCCCAUUGCGGCCAUCCCAGGGUGUUUUAGAAGCAGCAGUUCCCUUUCCCCUUCUUCUCUCCAGCAGCUAAGAAGCUCUUUUCCUUGCCCGCCCCGACCACUUCCACCCACAGCAGCUGGGCUGCGUCCCCUUUCUAGCACUACCCAUUCAAAGGAUUCCUUCCCUGUGUCUGCCGCUGACCCUCUGUUCCCCUGAGGCACUGCGGAUGGGGUGAUGGGUGAUAUUUAGAGGGGGACCCCCUCUCCUCCAAUUCUGGGGAUCCAGGAAUCCCCACAAAGUUGGUGCAGGGAGGGAAAGUUGGUCUUAAUUUAUUGCAGGGUUUUGUACGCCUCUGGGGAAAUUUGAGUUGCGAAGAGCGGCAGAAGGUGGGUUUUUUCGUUUUGUUUUGUUUUGCUAGCGUCACAGACCUGAAUAAAACCACAGGGCGGGAGAUCUUACAAAACGGAA